AUGCUGACCUUGCACUGUUUCUUCCCAAAUGAACUCCUCCUGGCCCUAGAUAUCCUGGACCGGGGACUGGUCAGACGAUUCACGCGGGAUGACCACGUCGGGGAAGCAUCUGCAUGCUCACAGCCCCAAGAAACCGAGCCCAGAAACGCAGAAGGGCCGCAGGAAGACAUGUUCUAUGUCAUAUCCACGUCUGUGGCUGCGCCGACUUCCCCAUCCCGGGCUCCGCGGACACGCGUAGAGCCAAAGGGCUACGAAGUCCGCCUGCACGCCUGGAACUGCACAUGUCCCACCUUUACGCUCAAUGCCUUCCGCGAUCUGGGACCGGCCUACACAUCUCAGUCUGAGGGAGAAGCCGAAAACGAGACCCUGGCUGAACCAUCUCCCGUCGGCGACUACCCGACUCGCCGCUAUGUUUUUGGCGGCUCGUUGACCCGAGGGGCUAGCCGACUCGCACCCCCUGUCUGUAAACACCUUCUCGCGUGCUUGCUGAUGGUGCGCUGUCCUCGACUCGUUAGUAGCGGCAACCGUGGCCAAGCUGGUCCUGCCUUUCUGACUUGCGAGGAAUUGGCGGCGUGGUGUGCGGGUUGGGGUGGAUGA